AGGGAGAUGACGGUGCUGUGUCCCUUGCUGCUCCCUGGCCUGAAGGGGUCCUCUGAAGCUCCCCAGAGUGUGGGGGCUGAGGAUAGCUGGCAGGAGCCAGCCAGGCAGUUAUUCUGCCAGGAUUGUGCCUUCAUGGGUGGGGCUGCUUUCGAGGACUGCAGUGGCACUGAGCUGCCUCCUCCGCUCCUGUGGCCAGGCUGCUGUGAGAACUCUUGGAGACCCUGUCCCAGGACUAGAACAGUCUGCCUUUCUGCACUGCCCAUGGGGUUUACAAGAUUGUUCACUUCAUCUUCCUCCAUCCUUAAGGGUGGGGGAGGGGGUUCAACCUACAAGGAAACUGAGGCACAGGUGACGAGUGAUGAGCCUGUCUGGUCAGGGUUCCAGCACGUCCUACUCAUGGUAGCAUAUCCCACCAUCCCAGCUACAUCCCACCCUUUUUCCCCCGGAGCCUCAGAGACAUCCUGUGAGGCCUGCUGUCUUAGGAGAAGAGAAACUUCCGCCCUAGGAAGGGAAGCAAUACACCAGGCCAGCCGGGAGACCAGGAGCUGAGCUGCCAUGGCCUACCACAGCUUCCUGGUGGAGCCCAUCAGCUGCCAUGCCUGGAACAAGCACCGCACACAGAUUGCCAUCUGCCCCAACAACCAUGAAGUGCACAUCUACGAGAAGAGUGGGGUCAGCUGGAGCAAGGUGCAUGAGCUCAAGGAGCACAACGGGCAGGUGACAGGCAUCGACUGGGCCCCUGAGAGUAACCGCAUCGUGACUUGUGGCACGGACCGAAACGCCUAUGUGUGGACGCUGAAAGGCAGCACGUGGAAGCCUACACUUGUCAUCCUUCGGAUCAACCGUGCCGCCCGCUGUGUGCGCUGGGCUCCCAAUGAGAACAAGUUUGCUGUGGGCAGCGGCUCCCGCGUCAUCUCCAUCUGCUAUUUUGAGCAGGAGAAUGACUGGUGGGUGUGUAAGCACAUCAAGAAGCCCAUCCGCUCCACCGUGCUCAGCCUGGACUGGCAUCCCAACAACGUGCUCCUGGCCGCUGGCGCCUGCGACUUCAAGUGCAGGAUCUUCUCAGCCUACAUCAAGGAGGUGGAGGAGAGGCCAGCCCCCACCCCCUGGGGCUCCAAGAUGCCCUUUGGGGAACUGAUGUUUGAGUCCAGCAGCAGCUGCGGCUGGGUGCACGGCGUGUGUUUCUCAGCCAGCGGCAGCCGAGUGGCCUGGGUCAGCCAUGACAGCACCGUGUGCCUUGCUGAUGCCGAGAAGAAGAUGGCCGUGGUGACCCUGGCCUCUGAGACGCUGCCGCUGCUGGCCCUCACCUUCAUCACUGAGAACAGUCUGGUGGCAGCGGGCCACGACUGCUUUCCUGUGCUGUUCACCUACGAUGGUGCUGCUGGGAAGCUCAGCUUCGGCGGGCGGCUGGAUGUGCCCAAGCAGAACUCUCAGCGCGGCCUCACAGCCCGGGAGCGUUUCCAGAACCUCGACAAGAAGGCGAGCUCAGAGGGCGGCAAAGCUGCAGGCACCGGCCUGGACUCGCUGCACAAGAACAGUGUCAGCCAGAUCUCCGUGCUCAGUGGGGGCAAGGCCAAGUGCUCGAAGUUCUGCACCACAGGCAUGGACGGCGGCAUGAGCAUCUGGGAUGUAAAGAGGUGUUUUUAUCACAUGCUCUCUACCCUUGAGCUUCAUCCCAGCUUUACGGGCAUCUGCUGCAAGGGUCUCUGGCUAAGACACAGCGAGAUACUUCCAGCCUACAGGAACACUUAUCCAUGCAUCAUCACCUAGAAGGCCAGGCAUGACCUGCAGAAGCACACUCCUAGGCCGCAGACAACACAGAGAGCAUCCUGAGCACCAGGGGACCUUGCCAUUCAGACCUCCAGCCUCCAUACCUCAUUACGAUCAUGCUACAGCAGGGACAGGGCAGUGCACCUCACCAUACAGCCCCCACCUUCCUCCAUCUUCCUGGAGAACCUCAUUUUAUGGCCACAAACUUGAACCUGGGCAGCAGCUGCAUGCAUGAUGGGCAGAAAGGGAGAAGAACACUGGCAAGAACUUUGGUUAAUUCCUGCUCCUCAGGGCCAAAGCUUCCAGGUCAGGGGAAGGUGCAGGUGCUGGUAGUUGUGGGAUCCUUCGUGGGGCUCCUGAACUCCAAUACUGUCAAGCCCAGGGUGGGUGUGGCAGAAGCAGCCCAGUCGGGCCACGAAAUCAUUUCGUCUGACCUCAGGCAAACCAUACCACCCCCACUCACACUCCUCCCCAGCCACCCAGUCACACCACCGUGCCCCUCAGAACCCAGACCUCUCAGGACCAUGCACAAAGGACACUAGUCCCAAAGUGCCCCUCUCAUGGGCAGAGGCAGGACAGGCUCCACGGGUUCCCUUUCACUGGCCUCAAUCUGUAGGCAGCACACUUGCUGGGAGUAAGCCUACUUCCCCACUGCCCACCCUGCCACACCAAGGAUGAAAUGAGCCAAGUCCAGCAAGAGUCAGUGCUGGGCAGCAGCUUCUAGGAGACUUCCCCCAGGACAGAAUUAGGCUGUCACCACCAGGGGCCACCUGGCGGCCAGGAAAGGGAGGCCCAGUGCUGCUCCAGCCUGGUGUGACAGACCAGUCCCCAGCCACAGUACCUGUGGCCUCUCCUCCCUGAUCCUGGGCCCAGUCCCUACACCCUGCAGUUGUGCCCAACAUAAGCUUCACUAUGUGCUGGGAACCUUGCUGGUGCACUCAGUGACACCAUGGGCAAAAAUGGCUCAGGCACAGGAGCCAAAGGAUGGAUUGCAAAACAAGGGUUACGAUAAUGUCAAGUUUAAUCUGCCAAAUAUACAAGUUGAAUUUGUGGAGCAUGUUUUGCCUGGGUGCUGCACAGUAGACAGAGGUUUCUUGAAAUGAUCAAUGGGUUGGGUUAAAAAUA